UAACUAGUUGCUAUUCAAGUUGAAUUUUAAAUUUAAGUUUAUACGCGUAAUUUGUUUGUUGUAACGUCUCAUAUCAAACCGAUGAAACGUAAAAUUUACCAAGAAAGACGGGCUUUUCAAGAAAAAUGAGGCUAUGUAUAUAUUUUUACUUAUUCUAAUUCUCUUCCAAUAUGUUUGAUCUGUAAACAAAGCGUAUCUGUCAUCAAGGAGUACAAUAAUAAAAGACAUUAUGACACAAAUCAUGAACAAAAUUACCACGAAGCUUAACGAAGUUAAAAGAUCAAUAUUACCCAGGACCUUCCCUGUCAAAACCCUAAGAAAAUAUGAGUCAGCUAUUAACCGUCUCAGGAUCGGAUACACACGUACAUUUAAUGAAAAAAGAGGACCUUCCCCCACUUGCAUAUGCUGUAGGGUCCCUCUUACCUUCAUACUCACUGAAUGUAGAGCAUGUAAUACGGAGAGAGUUGAACUGCGGAUAUCCCUCUACCUAGAUGAAAUACUAAGUCCUGAACCAGACAAUGUCGUCAAACUCAGUCAAUUUCUAACAGAAACACAUCUUAUCAACCUCUUGUAACCAACCUCGUCACUAACCUUCCAUACAAAAAGAAUCACACUGAUGAAAA